AUGCGUACAGACCAUACCUUUUCUAAUAUCAAUUCACAUCAAACUGCAUCUACAUCAACUUCAUCGAGUAUGCCUGAGCAUACCAUAAUUCCAAUCGAUAAGAAUUGGACCUUUAAACAGGCGGACAAUGAAGAUUCCAAAUUUCUCCCUGUCGCACAGUUUCCCACGAAUGUUCAUUUGGAUCUCAUUUCCAAUGGCAUCAUAGAAGAUCCUUUCAUGGGAAAGAACGAAAACGACGUCCAAUGGAUUGGUGAGACUGUCUGGAUAUACAGAACAACAUUUUCAUCGCCCGCGAUAUCAUCGGAAGACAAAUCUGGCACCCAAGCAGUCCUGGCAUUCGAUGGAUUAGAUACUUAUGCCACCGUUCUAUUGAAUGGAAAGGAGAUUCUCAAGACGGAUAACAUGUUCAUACCUGAAAGAAUUGAUAUCACAUCUCACCUAAAAGAUGGGGGAGAAAAUGAACUAGAAAUCACAUUCGAGAGCGCAUAUCUCAAAGGAUGUGCCAUAGUGGAGAAAUAUCCGGAUCAUCAUUGGGGCUGUUGGAACGGAGACACUUCUAGACUUGCUGUUCGGAAAGCACAAUAUCACUGGGGAUGGGAUUGGGGCCCAACCCUUAUGACUUGUGGGCCUUGGCGACCAAUAAACCUUGAAAUUUUCACAUCCCGCAUCUCGGACGUCUAUUUCACAAGUAAUGUUGACAAAUCCUUGAAAACUGCUGAACUAGUUGCGAAGGCGGAUGUUCAGGGUGAAGCAUCACAAGUUAAGUUCGAUAUUACAUUAGACGGCGAGCUUGUUGCAAGUAAGACAGUUGCUUCUUCUGAAGGACAUGCUACCCAUGCCUUUACUAUCAAAGAUCCAGCAUUAUGGUUUCCGAUCAGAUAUGGUAAACAGCCAUUGUAUGACCUUACGGCAACUUUAAUUCACAAUGACAAGAGUAUAUCAACGCAAAGUAAGAAGUUUGGCUUGCGUAGAGCAGAGCUAGUGCAAGACCCUCUGAAAGACCAGCCAGGAACAUCGUUCUUUUUCAGAAUCAAUAACAUCCCAAUAUUCUGCGGUGGCAGUGACUGGAUUCCAGCCGACAACUUCAUUCCCCGCAUCAGCAAAGAAAAGUAUUAUGAUUGGGUUAAGCUGGUAGCAGACGGAAAUCAGUUCAUGAUUCGAGUUUGGGGCGGUGGAAUAUUUGAGGAGCAAGCCUUUUAUGAUGCAUGCGAUGAAUUAGGCAUUCUGGUAUGGCAAGAUUUCAUGUUCGGUUGUGGAAACUAUCCUGCUUUCCCAGACUUCCUCACUUCCGUCAAGAGAGAAGCCGAGGAGAAUGUCAGGCUCCUUCGACAUCAUCCAUCUAUCGUUAUCUGGGCUGGUAAUAAUGAAGAUUACCAAUACCAAGAAUCGGAAGGUCUCACUUACGACUUUGACAACAAGGAUUCCGAGAGUUGGUUGAAGACCAAUUUUCCAGCAAGGUAUAUAUAUGAGAAGAUUUUAGUCGAUGCCUGCACCGAACUAAUUCCAGACACAUACUAUCACUAUGGUAGUCCAUGGGGUGGAAAACAAACCACUGAUCCUACCGUUGGUGAUUUACAUCAGUGGAAUGUAUGGCAUGGUUCUCAAGAAAAGUAUCAGAAUUUCGAUAAGCUCGUUGGACGCUUCGUCUCAGAAUUCGGCAUGGAAGCAUUCCCAAAUAUCAAAACUAUCGAAGCAUUUCUUCCACUGGGAAAAGACGAUCCCGACCGUUUCGCCCAAUCCUCCACCGUCGAUUUCCACAACAAAGCCGACGGCCACGAGCGCCGUAUCGCUCUUUAUCUCGUCGAGAAUUUCCGCUACGCUCCUGACCCCCUCGAGCAAUUCAUCUACUCCACCCAGCUCAUGCAAGCUGAGUGUCUAGCUAGUGCCUAUCGAUUGUGGAAACGCCAAUGGAAAGGUCCUAGUAGGGAAUACUGCGGGGGUGCAUUAGUAUGGCAAAUCAAUGAUUGCUGGCCGGUCACAUCCUGGGCAAUUGUCGACUACUAUCUCCGUCCAAAACAUGCCUACUAUACCGUCAAACGUGAAAUGGCACCGAUUUCUCUAGGUAUCACGCGCAAAGAACAUAUCACCCCCAAGGAUAAAUACACCCGUGCCCAUCUCACCAAGAAAACCCAAAUCGAAAUCUGGGGCUCAAACCUAGUUCUCGAAGACAUCACAGCAGACGUCCUCGUCAAAGCAUUCGACGUGAUCACCGGUCAAGAAACCUACUCCAAAACCAUCGCCUCCUCUCUCCUCCUACCCGAAAAUCGCUCUACAGAAAUCAUCGCCAUGGAUGUCCCCGUGCAAACCCCCAAUUCGGACGAAGAAUCACGCACCGUGGUCGCCGCAUAUCUCAUCCAAGACGGUGUGCAAAUCGCUCGCUACAUCAAUUGGCCCGAACCGCUAAAAUACGUACAUUUGCAAAAACCCACGGAUUUGCGGGCUGAGUUGUCGGAAGAUGUGAAGACGGUGGAGAUUAGCAGCGAGGUUCCGGUGAAGGGGGUAGCGCUCGAGUGUGAAGAUGAAGAGGUGGUGUUUGAGGAUAAUCUGGUGGAUGUGGUGCCGGGUGAGAUGGUUAAAGUGGGAGUUAAGGGUGCGAAGGCGGAUACGAAGAUUGGAGUCAGGUAUUUGGGGAUGAUUUAA